AUGGGGUUAAAGUGCACUAAUUAUUUUGAUAAUUCAGAAUAUGAUUCCCCCAAUAUUCAAAUAAUAACAUGUAAAUCAUGUUCAAGUCAUUUAUGUUUACUGGAUUUAAUAUUAAGUGAUAAUUUUAAUGGAUCAACAGGACCAGCAUAUUUAGUUGAUAAUUUAAUAAAUAUUGAAAUAAACCCAUGUGUAGAAGAUACAAGAAUGAAAACAGGAUUAUAUAAAAUUAAUAAAAUAAAAUGUCAUCAAUGUUUUUUAAAUUUAGGUUGGUUUUAUAAAAAAUCUUAUUCAUAUCUGGAAACUUAUAAGGAAGGUAAAUUUGUUAUAGAAAAAUCUUUUAUAAAAUUUAGUGAAAAUUUAUCUACAACUCAAAAAUUAACUGAAAAAGUUAAACAAAAUAAAUUUAAAAGAAGAUUUAGUUCAAAUUCUACAACAAGCUCAAAUAAUAGUAGUUUUAAUGAUGAUUCUUUAGAUUUAAUUGAAAAAGGGAAUAAUAUUACAGAAGUUAUUGAAGAUGAUCAAGAUGAUGAAGAAGAUGAAGAAAAUAAUAUCCCACAAAAUGGUAUAGAAAGAUUUAAAAAUAUAAUGAAUGAUGUAAAAUAUGAUAUUGGAGGUAGAAAUAUUAUAAAUAAUAAUAAUAACUCAUUAGGUAAUGUUAUUUAUUUUGGUAAUAAUACCAGUAAUAAUGGGAACAAUGAUGAUAAAAAUAAAUUUAAUAUUAGAUCAAAUUCUAUAAAUGAUGAUAUUGGUACAAGUAAUUCAAAUAUUAUAUAA